AGCUACGCGGCGCCUACCCGAUCGCCGUCUCCUGCGGCCGCCUAGGCCAAGAAGUCGUGGUUUUUCUCCGAGCCGCGCCGGUGCUAUCGGCCCUGCAGUUCGAUAAACACGCGGGGUGACGUCGAACGACCAGGGCAGCACUAUCUUCUUCCGCGCAACGGCAAAACCCUUCUUCGUCGAAGAAGCAGAACGGCCACCAUCCUUGAUCGAUGCAGCAGCCGGAGGAGUGCGCCUCGACGGCGGCCGGCGAGUAUAUCAACAGCGUCCGGGAUCUGUUGCCCUUCCUGUUGCACGUUCCAGUAACCUACCGCUUCGCGAAGAAACAUGCCUUGCUUGAGGGAUUCGUCGCCGACGGCGGCUCCGCCUGCGCCUGCCCCGCCUCCUCCUCCUGCGGCUAUCGCGGCAAGGUGCUGUCGGCGCUGCAAUUCGAGAAGCACGCGGGGGCGGAAUCGAAGAACCAGAACGGGCACAUCUUCCUCGGCAACGGCAAGUCGCUCUACGCCCUCUUCCACGAGCUCAGGGACGUGCCCGCCGAAGCGUUCGCGGACAAGUUCGAGGCGGCCGCAGGGGUGCCUAUGACCAUGGCCGCCGCCGAAGCGUCGCCUGCGCCGCAGGGGCCGCGUCAGGGGCACCAGCCGGGAGCGCCCGCUAGCUGGGAACCGAACGGGGUUCAGGUUGUCGGCGCGACGGCGGAGCCCCCUUCGUCGCCGGCGCCCGCGCCCUCGCGUGGCGACGUGGAUAUGUUGACCGAGGAGGAGAUGGCCGGCUUGUGUCUUCUUGGUUUGAGAGAAAGUUGUUCCACGAUUCAGUCGGACCCUAUGGACGGAAUUGAAGGGCCUGCUACAGAACAGAUCGAAGAUGCAGCAGGUGGCGACUGUGCCAUGCCUGAUGUUAAAGAGAGAAGGAAAGGAGCUGGUGAGCGACGACCUAGGUAUGGUAGUUUGUCAACAAUAACUCCUGUUAAAGAGCGAAUGACGGAAACAAAGUAUCGGCUAGACAGUUACCUUAAAGAUGUUAGAGGAUUGUUAUCCACUGGGCUUCUUGAAGGUUUCAAGGUGACCUACAAGAAGGAUGAGGUGGAGAAGAUUGGACGAAUAAGGGGGCAGGGGUAUUCUUGUGGCUGCUCAGAGUGCAAUUACAGUAGAAAUGUUAUGAAUGCAUGCGAGUUUGAACAGCAUUCUGGUCAGUCAUCCAACAACCAGAAUGAUCACAUCUUCUUGGAAACCGGGAUUUCUCUAUUCAGGGUCGUGAAAGCUCUAAAACAUUAUAGGCUUAACAUGCUUUGCGAAUUCAUUGAAGAAACUAUUGGCUUACCUCCAAAUAUGAAUGAGUAUAGCAAGUGGAAAGCUUCAUUUCAAAAGAGGAAAGAUUAUUCAGAUGAUGUAGCUUCAGAUGGUUGUUCAACUCAGGAUUCAUGGGAGUCGGCUGUGGGGGAGAUGAUUUAUAGUUUGACACACUUGAAAGAAUCUGCCAGCGGUAGCAUCUUAAACCUUAAUUGGAGUGCAUCCAAAAGGCGGUCUGAUAGACAGUUUAAACGAGGAGGUUCUGGGACUUCAACUCCAGCCUUGAGUAGAAGCCAUGACAAAGGAGUUUCUGGCCUCUCUACUGGCACCUCAAAGGAGAAUGACACUGAAGAUACUCAUAGUGAGAACACAGCAGGUCCUUUCAGCAUCGAUGGUGUAAAACCCGAUUCUCCAGAACCUACUGCAAUAAUACCCGAUGGCUCAAAUCAUGAUCCCACAGACUUAGGGCUUUCUUUACCAAGUCCAGUAACAAUCCCUCAAGAGCCAUUUUCAAACUCCAACAUCGACUCAAAGUCAAAAGAAUCAAAAACGAGGGAUACCACUUUGCAUCCACUGAUUUUCAAGGAGGGUGGCCUUCCAGAUAAUACUUUAUUGACUUACAAGUUGAAGACCGGAGAGGCUCUAAAGCAAGGGUAUAAGCGGGGGACAGGAAUAGUCUGUAAUUGUUGCAAUCAAGAGUUUACUCCUUCGCACUUUGAAGAACAUGCUGGCAUGGGGAGAAGACGGCAACCGUAUCGCAACAUUUAUACAUCAGAAGGGGUAACACUUCAUAAGCUAGCACUGCAAUUGCAAGAUCGUUUGAAUUCAAAUGGUUCUAGCUUUAGUGACUACCCUAACCUUACUUCUUCAGGAUGUGGCAGAGAACCUACUACCACCAGUGGACCUAUCAUUCCCCUGAAACGAACUUUGCAAGAAAGAGUGGUCGAAACAGAGGGGUGCUCUUUCUGUGGGGAUGGCUACACGACUCUUGGAAAUAUCGAUCCAGAUACAAUAGUCUUUUGUAACCAGUGUGAGAGACCAUGCCAUAUUAAAUGCUACAACACUGGACUUGAAAAAAAGAAGGUGCCCCUAGAAAUUUUGAAAGAAUAUAUGCAAUUUUGCUUCCUGUGCUGCGAAAUAUGUCAAUUGCUUCGUGACCGUCUAGAUGAAGGACUGGAAAAGUGUGAAGAGAUUGCCUUUCUCAGACAGAUAAGAUCCAAUAUUUGUUGGCGGCUUUUAAGUGGAAUGGAUGAACGUAGUAAUUUGCAGCUCUACAUGCCUCAGGUCAUUGAUAUCUUCAAAGAUGCAUUUGCGGAAACUUCUGAGCACAGUGGUGUCUUCUCGGAUAUGGUUUAUGCCAAGAAUGUAGAAGGAGAGAAGGAUUUUCGAGGAAUGUAUUGUGCAGUGUUAACUGCAAGUACGCAUGUUGUGUCUGCUGCAGUUCUGAAAGUGCGCAUGGAACAAGUUGCAGAGUUGGUCCUUAUUGCUACUCGUAGUGAGUGCCGGAAGAAGGGCUACUUUGUACUUCUCCUAAAGUCUAUCGAGGCACAUUUGAGAGCCUGGAACGUAAACCUUCUUACAGCGCCUGUUGACCUUGAAAUGGCACCAAUUUGGUCUGAGAAGCUCGGGUUCACCAUUUUAUCAGAUGAAGAGAAGAACUCAAUGCUGGAGUCGCACCCCUUGGUGAUGUUUGAGAACCUAACCUUGGUUCAAAAAUCACUUGCUUGAGCAAAUCUAAUCUGUGCUUGUUUGUACACUACAUUAAUAGAUAUCUGGUUCAUGCUGUAUGGGAGAGACAUUUGUAGAUGAUUUACCUGUGGCACAAUUUUCUGUAGCUUAGUCUAGGAUAUGAUUUCAGAGCACAACCUUUCUAGGGAGUAGAGAUGUAAAAAAAACGUACUUUUUCCCAAGUUAUAUUGGGCCUAGACGUGUACUCAAUUGCAGAUU